CGGGGGGCUUUGUGAGGUGAGGUGAUGGUAGUGGCGCGGCGUAGAGACUGGUGGUGGUGGUCUGUUAUAUGGUCUACGGGACCCGGCCUCUCGGGUAGAUACAGCUCGAGCUGAGAGACAGAAAGCGAGAAAGCAACUUCCCAUUGUUUCCCGUGCUCCAGCAAGUUUCCAUCGCAAAGGACACACCCGCACGGAAGCGAAUCCAAAGAAUGGCGAUCCAGAAUCUCUUCGUGGGCCUGGCCCCAACGCAACUCGCAGCACUCCUCUCCCUCCUCUGGCUCCUCUACGCCCUCCAGCUCGGCGUCCGCCGCCUCUACUUCAGCCCCAUCUCCCACGUCCCGGGUCCGCGUCUCGCGGCGCUGACGCAGCUGUACGAGUUCUACUACGACAUUGUCCUCGGCGGGCAGUACACGUUCAAGAUUAUCGAGCUGCACCGGCGGUACGGGCCCGUGGUGCGGAUUAGUCCGUGGGAGGUGCACGUCGGCGACCCGGAGUUCUUUUCGGAGCUGUAUACGGGACCGGGGAGGGUUAGGGAGAAGUGGGGGUUUUAUACGCAGCAGUUUGGAUCCCCUGAGAGUGCGCUGGCGACUGUGAACCAUGAUCACCACAAACUUCGGCGCGCGGCGCUGAACCCUUUCUUCUCGACGCAGACGGUCCGCAAGUUGCAGCCUGUUAUCGAGGAGCGGGUUGAUGCGCUGCUCGACCGUCUCCUGGAACUCAGCGAGAGGUCCAAGGAGCCGUUGGAUGUCAUGUACCCUUUUUCGGCGUUUACCAAUGAUGUCAUUAACGAAUAUAGCUUCGCCAGGAGUGACCACCUAAUCGAGGACGAGACGUUUGGCAAGGUGGUGACUGAUAACCUCCUCAUGGGCACGCAUCUGGGGCCCAUGAUCAAGCACAUGAACUGGGCCCUGACGCUGGUCAACGCAUUACCAGAGUCCCUCUCCGGACGUUUUAUUCCCGGCUGGGGCGGCUUCCUCAAGAUGAAGAACGACAUCAAGGACCAAAUCGGCGAGAUCAAAGCGACGCAGAACACGGAAAAGUGGCAGCUGGACGUCAGCCAUCCGACAAUCUUCCACGACAUGCUCUCCUCUAAGCUCCUGCCGCCCGCCGAGAAGACGGUCUCGCGGCUCGCGCAGGACGGGCAGAUUUUGGUGCAGGGCGGCACGCUCACGACGUCGUGGACGCUGUCCCUGGCCGUGUUCCACCUCCUAAACCGGCCCUCGACGCUGCGCCGGCUGCGCGAAGAGCUCUUCUCCGCGAUCCCGGACCGGGAUGCCGUGGUGCCGCUCGCGGAGCUGGAGAACCUGCCGUAUCUGCGGGGUGUCGUCAAGGAGGCGCUACGACUCGGGUUCGGGACGAGUUCUAGGCUGGCGAGGGUGUGCCCCGACGAGACGCUGGUGUAUCACGACAAGGACGGCCGUGGCAGGAGCGUGCACCUCCCGCCGGGGACGGUGAUUGGGAUGAGCACGUACAAGACGCAGACGGAUCCGCGGAUUUACUACGACCCGUUUGGGUUCCAUCCGGAGCGGUGGGUGGAGGACGGCGAGCGGCUGGAGAAGUAUUUGACCGUGUUUUGCGGAGGCACGCGGGUGUGUCUCGGGAUGGCGCUGGCGCAAGCCGAGUUGUACCUCAUGCUCGCGAAGCUAUUCCGGCGGUGGGGCGGAGCGGGCGUCGUGGACGGGAGCGGAGAGGGAGGAGAGGUCCGGCGGGCGGGUGAUGUGGGCGUACUGAGGAUCUUUGAGACGACGGUGAGAGAUUGUGAGAUGGCUGCGGAUUACUUCAUUCCGAUCCCUUACAAGGUAUGGUUUUUGACGGAUCGCAGUGAAGGGUUUUGUGUGUGGCGACUGACGAGCCAAUCUAGGAAUCCAAGGGGAUCCGCGUGGUGUUUGACAGACAGCACUGACUGACGAUCGCAGCGGCGUUCAUCGUUAGUGCGCAACGGAUGCACCAGUGCCGGUGUCUGGUUCAAUAUGCCCGAGAUGUGCUGCAAUUUGGGCAGAAUUGGUGGCUGGAGCAAGCUCGGGAAAUGCGGAUUGCCGUCUUUGUCAGUGUGACAUUGUUCCAUCGCCGGGCCCUUUAGAGUUGCGAUAGUCUGAGAAAUUGGCGUCAAUUCGGGAAUGACAAGUACAAAGGUCUUGGCCUCGGCUGCCCGUCAUCUCCCAGCACUAUGCGAAGCAUGGACGGCAAUGCUGACGGCAGACUUUGUCAUCUGAUGAUGUGAGAUGGGAUCGAAUGGCAGUGCUGCGGCGUCUAAUCAAGUGGAAGAGCAACAGACGAUAAUAAGGAUUAAGAGAUCGGAUUGUUUCUCGUACAUGCACAGAAGAAGAAAUAGGUAGGCAGAAGGCAAGUGAGGUCCAAGUUCGCGCCUGUUGCCGAUGUGGAGGUCAAACUGCCUGUUGAAAGCAGCGUCCAAUGAAAUCACCCCAAAUAGCAG